GGUGUGCCGGAGAGCCGGGUCGUCGGUCAACAUCAGUGUGCUCCGAACGCUUCCAGCUGUACGAUGAGCUGCCAGCGAGCAACAGUUCUAGUGGUGGUGUUACAAGUAGUUCUUACCCGGUUAGUGCAUUCUACGUUAGCGGUAGAACAGAAUGAGCUGCCGGCACUGUAUGAGCUGGAGGAUUGGCGUGAGUGUGCGAUAGCCCCGGAGCAAGACUGGUACUGUGUAGUGCGUGUGCUACUCACAAGGGAGGAUGCAGUGGAGUGCCUGAAAGUGAAUGAUGUAAAACAGUUCCGCAGGACACUUCUCGAUAGAGGCGUCUGUUUGUCACACGCCCAAAGGACUGUGGAAGUUGAAACAAUGCCAGUGAGUGUGAAAUUUCCCUCCAAUUGCUGGAAUGUGUCCGAUCGCUACAUACUCAACCGAUCGUACUUCCCGCCGGCGAUGCACCCGGAUGUACGGACGGAGCUGGCAGCUAGUGAGCUGAUUAAUAGCCGGCUAAUAGCUCGCUAUCCCCACCUACGGGCGUACAGUGAGAUAGAAUACUGUCUGAAAAGUGAUCCAAAACCAGUGUACGAGCAAGCGUUAGGCGUUACGCUUGCUGUAACGCUAGUACUUGCUGCUGUGCUGGCCCUAAACGCACGCCGUUGGAUCUUACCAGAGUGUUCGCCUGCAAAGUCAACCCAACCGAUCAAGCAGAUCGUGCUGUUCGAUCUGUACAAAUGCUUCGGUGCGGUUGGUGUGGUUCUGGCACACUGCUGCCUGUUCGGUUCCUUUCUAAUGCCAAUGAAAAACAUUGACCUGCUAGAGGAGGUAAUUGCACAUCCGUAUGCGAAAUUCUGGCGCCUCUUCUGUCCCUUUCUCAUGCUGGCGUUCUUCGUGAUGAGCUCGAUGCUGCUGACGGUCAAGCUGUUGCACGGUGACCCAUCGAAACGACCCACACUCGGUGCAAUCAUUAGCCACCGCCUGAUAAGACUGAUGCCCGUGAAUCUGCUGAUGGUCGCGUUCGGUGCGCUCGUGUACGAUCGCUUCGCCGGCGGUGGGCCCCUCCUUUCGCGCCAGCUGAUCGUCGAGCAGGGCUUUUGCCGAUCGUACUGGUGGAUGAACGUGCUGUUCAUUUCGAACUUCAACAUGCAACGGCCGUGCCUGCCCGACUCGUGGUACGUUAGUGCCGAUAUGCAGCUGUACGUUGUGAUCGCACUAGCACUUCAACUUAUGUUCAGAUUUCCAAAGCACAACGGUGCAAUUCUUGCACUCCUAACGGUGUGCUCCUUUCUCGGACCAUUUCUAACUAUCCUUUACACUGACUUUGACCCGGUAGGACCUUCCAACCUUCACGAAAUGCGUUUCUUCCUGCUCGGCAGCCGCUUUAUGUCGCAGCUUUACACACCUUUCUACAACAAUCUUUCCUGGAGCGUAGCUGGCUUAAUGGCUGGGAUCGUGUACGAUCGCUAUCAGCGCAUUGGUGACAGUGCUAAGAAGCAGAAGCAGCUGUUACACUACAUAACUCUUACCAUAAAGCUAUCGUUCGUAAUGCUCGUCGUAAUGAUAUACGCGACGAUCGUUGCUUCGAACGAAGAAUCGCAGCCAAGCUCGCGAUGGUGGUUAGCACUCUGCUAUUCAGCGUACAAACUCUCCGGAGCGUGCUUUAUUAGUGCUUCAUUUUUGCGCAUUUCACUCACAGAGAGAGCGACAAAUUUCAACAUUCCACGGGUGGUGCGCAUUGGUGCAGCGCUCUACUAUUGCAUUUACUUUACACAUUUCCCAAUCAUGCGCAUCGUUUAUAGUAGCGCAGUAGAGACAAUCAUCACGCCAUGGUUUUUGAUUCAAAAAGCAGUAAAGGUGUUUGGAAUUACCUACGUACUGUCUGUUGUACUGCAUUACACCUAUGAAAACACGGCAAUCAAGUGGCUGCAGUGGAUAUUCUUCGGUAGGAAACGAUGACUGACGGCAUUCUCAAGGCACAAGCGGAAACUAGCUUGCGAAUCGUUUAAGACCACACAUUUCUUUUCAGAAUUGUAAAGACAUAUCAAAUCAAUGUGAUUGUAGAGAGAAAAGGGCUUAAAAAUGGACUUAUAGAAGUAAAACACAUAAAAAGAAAUAUGUUGUUCUGUUGCUAUGAGCAAAACAGCUAACAUGAAGAACAGUCUGAUAAAAACUAUAAUACAAAAUGUCGACUAAACAGCUUUCCAUGGGAUUUAGUGCAGUGCUUAACCGAUUUAACAUCUAGGAAAAUUAAAAUGGGUACUAUUUUAAAUGUAUGGUUGUUUUUCUAUACAAGAUCGUUUAUUUCAAGAUAAAAUAAACUAUAAUUUACAUGUUUUCUUUUAUAAUUUACAGAACAUAAAACGAAUUAGGGUUAUUUAUGAUUAAAAAGCAUAUUCGUUUUGUGUUUAGAGCA